CACAAGGGAAAGGCGUUGCUUCCUUGUGGCCCACAUGGCUUGCCUGCACAGAAAUGCCACCACCACCACCUCCAGGUCCAGCUCACUCUGCUCUGGGCCGAGCACCAGAUGGAUCAGUGUAGACUCCAGCCUGAAACCUCACCUAAGCAAGGGUCCGCUGGAAAGGAAAGGAAGAAACACACAGGACUUGACCCUCCAGGAGCCCCGGGAGAAGGGGAGAAGGGAGAAGCACACACAAUGUAAUCUUCAGAUGUUGCAUCUGCUGAACAGUCCUGCCCUCCAAGGACCUGUCUGAGCACUCUGCUAACUUCCCUAUGUAACAUGAGCUCCAGGUAAGGUCACUAACCCGGUGCAGGCCACAUCAGGCUCUGCUGACUCCCUGAUUGGCUCACAUAGCACACCUCAUUAGCAUGCACUUCAACCUAUCAGGCAGACGUCUUCCUUUAGAAACACAACUAUCUGUGCCACACAGCCCUGGUGGGCAGGUAUCUCUUUGCUGGCACGGAGAGUUUCCCUGCCUUUUCAGGUUUAUUUAAUUAUUUCAAAGAGACAGAUAAAAGUGUGUGUUGUCUUGCAGCAUUGUUUUGAAGUGGAAUGGUUAAGUCUGACAGACGAAUGCCCACCUGAGCACACUGUGUUGGGCAGUGCUGUCCAGUCUAGGAAGGGUAGGAAGGGCUGACAUGCUGCAGUGUGCGUGAACCCUGACACUGUGGAAGUGAAACAAGCCAAGGGCAGACUCGCAUAACGGGCACUGAGGGCAGUCGGCAUCACAGAAAGCAGAAUGGUAGAUGCCAGGCUCUAGGGAGAGCAAACAGCAGGCAGUUGCUCUUGAAAAGUACGGUCUGAGACUUGCCAUUUAAAUACAGAUUCUGGAGAUGUGUGGUGGUCAGGAUGGCACAAUGGCAUGAAUGAACCACCUAUGCAAUUAAACGUGGCUAACACAGCAAAUAUUAUGUUACUUGUAUUUACCAUUUUAAUAAGUGGAGCAGGCAAGAAGGAAUAUUGCAUAAACUAAACUCAUUUGAUGGUCUCUGCCCUGCAGAAAUACUCCACAGUUAUGCGGCUGUAAUAGCAAACCCAACCUCUGUCCCUCUGAGCACCCGAGUGUCCUUCACCCAACGGGGCUGAAAGGAAAUGUUAGGGAGUGAGGUGAGGAAAGAGAAAAAAGAGCAGUCAGGGAGGGAAAGAUAACAAUGAGAGAGAGAGGAGAGAGUCAGGCUUCAUAUGGACAGAGUCCCAGGUGAGUAGAGAGGACUGGGCUCCAUGUAGAAUUUCUGCUCCUGACUAGGACAUUCCGGCUUGCUCCCUCUUACUCCAACGUCUGCUACCAGGAAAGCAUUACACAUGAUCAUCCCAGCACCACAGAGCUUCUCCUAACAUAGCUGAAGGUUGGGGAAUGUGGCCUUGCAGUGGUUGAAAUGCGAGUCUUUACAUUUGUCUUCAAAACUUUCUUUCUGUCCAACCAUACACAAGGUGGUAUCAUGGAAGGAGAAAAUGUGAGUUUUUCCAGCACCUUCAUCUUGUUGGGCUUCUCAGAGCAUCCAUGGCUGGAGAUUCCUCUCUUUGGGGUGGUCCUGGUCUCCUACAUCAUCACUCUGAUGGGAAACAGCUCCAUCAUCCUCCUUUCCCUGGUAGAGCCCAGACUCCAGACCCCCAUGUACUUCUUCCUGGACAACCUGUCUGUGCUGGACCUCUGUGUCUCCUGCGCCAUUGUGCCACAGCUGCUGGCCAACCUCUGGGGGCCAGAGAAGACAAUCACUGCCUGGGGCUGCAUCACACAGGCCUACCUCUUCCACUGGACGGGCUGCACCGAAUGUGCCUUGCUGGCCGUGAUGGCUCUGGAUCGCUACAUGGCUAUCUGCCGGCCCCUCCGGUACAUGCUCAUCAUGCGUCCCCGGGUGUGUAUGCAGCUGGCAGCCACAACUUGGCUCAGUGGCCUGGCCAACUCCCUGCUCCAAGCCACACUCGCCCUACAGCUUCCCCGCUGUGGUCACCACACCCUGGACCAUUUCUUCUGUGAGGUACCUGUUCUGAUCAAGCUGGCCUGUGGGGACACGACUGCCAACAACCUGUCCCUGGCCUUGGGAGCUGUCCCUUUUGCACUGCUGGCUCCCGUGUGCGUGCUCAUCUCCUACACAUUCAUCACGAGGGCUGUACUGAAGUUACCUUCAGCCACAGGAAGAUACAAAGCACUGAGCACCUGCAGCUCCCACCUGGCAGUGGUCGUCAUGUACUUUGGGCCAGCCAUCUACAUGUAUCUCCAGCCCCCUGCCAGCAGUACUCAAGCCAAGUUCAUGUCUUUCUUCUACUGCGUCGUCACCCCUCUGCUCAAUCCACUCAUCUACACCCUGAGAAACAAGGAUGUGAAGGCAGCGUGGAAGAGGGUCCUAUGGUCCAGGGUGGAGUGAAGUCUUAGAAAGUCGCAAGAUCUCAGUCUGUCUCCUGCAACAGCCACACUCACGUCAGUUACUUCUGGAUGUCUGCUUCUCCAAACGAGUAUCCACAAGCUCCAAGGAAACAGCUCCCAUUUCCCAACAUCAACUUCCCUGAUGUCUACAGAACUAGCUUCUGACUAGAAAGCGCAUUCUCUGGAAAAUCAAACAGUGACACUGUGCUCACUCCUGGCACUCUCCACAGACAGAGUGAGCUGCAGAGGCCAUACAACUAUGCAGGUGAACAGCACCCUCUUUUCAAAUUCCUUGCAACAGGUCUGGCACUGUGGCAUAGUGGACUAAGCCUCCACCUGCCGUGCCAACAUCCCACAUGGAUGCCGGAUCAAGCCCUGGCUGCAGGUAAAGCUGUGGCCUGCAGUGCUAGCAUCCCAUAUGGGCACAAGUUCGAGUCCUGGCUGCUCUACUUCUAAUCCAGCUCUCUGCUGUGGCCUGGGAAAGCAGUAGAAGAUGGCCCAAGUCCUUAGAUUCCUGCAGCCACAUGGGAGACCCAGAGGAAGCUCCUGGCUCCUGCCUUCGGAUCAACCCAGCUCUGGCCGUUGGCCAUCUGUGGAGUGAACCAGCAGAUAGAAGACAUCUCUUUGCCUCUGCCUCUCUGUGACUUUUUCAAAUACAUAUAUAAAUCUUUUUUUAAAAAAUCCCUUCCUACAAUUGCUCCCCUUCACCAGAUGCCCUUAGAGAAAAUUUGCUAAAAAUGUUAACAGAUUCCAAUAAGAUUUCUAAAUAAACCUUUGUUGGAUUUAUCAUGUCUCCAACUCAAACCAUUUUAACCUCUCCUUCUUCAAAUACCUGCCACCCUACAAUCCAUCUUAUCUUGACAUCAUCAAAGCCCUCACAACCCAUCUGUGGCCAUUUUGAGAAUCUCAAAGUAACAAAUUACUUCACUGCUCCCAAUUUAGGACAAAUAUGACUGCAUGAGUUUACAUUUCCUAUACAUUUAUGAGCUACCAC